AUGUCCAAAUCCAAUCCCGGCGAACUUCACUCCAAGCCCGCGCGUGCGCCUUCCCUCCUCGAGUUUGUCACCUGCAACCUCGCGCCCGUGCUCAUCACUGCCAAGCUCUACAUCAGCGGAUUUCCUCCUGCGCUCCUUGAUCAACUUCGCCACCCGAACCCUAUCAACUGGAUCAACCCUUUCCAUUGGAAACGACUCAUCUUUGCCAACGGCUUCGGUGCGGUGCUCAAGACGGCGGACGAGAUGUAUGUCGAUGUGAAGCGGCCGCUGUUGCAGUCGGCGUAUGGACGCGUGUUGGAGAUCGGUGCGGGUGCGGGGGACUCGGUGGGGCACUAUGACGAGGCCAAGAUCGAACGGCUGUUCUGUCUGGAACCGUACGAGCCGCUGCGUCGGCAGCUGGUGGCCAAGCUGCAGGCUGUCGGGCUGGCGGGGAAGAGCACGGUGAUUGCGGCCGGCUUGGAUGCGGACAGUCGACCGAAACUCGUGCAGGCGGGGAUUGAGCCGGGCUCGCUCGACACGGUGGUCCUGUUCCAAGUGCUCUGCUCAAUUCCCGACCCGAAAGCACACCUGAAGUACUUGCAGAGCCUGCUCAAACCGGGCGGCCAGAUCAUCCUCUUCGAACACGUCGCUAGCAAGCAUACGUUGGCCAGAUUGAUUCAGAACCUCUGGGCCCCGAUUUGGAGCUUCAACUUCGGUGGCUGCAAACUCAACCGCGAUUCGGGCGAUUGGCUCAGUGCAAUUGGCGGCUGGAAACACGUCGAGAUCCAGAGACCCCUUUACGAGACCUCUGCCGACUUGUUCCCCCACGCCAUCGGCCGCCUCAUCAAGGCUUGA